AUGUCGAAUACCAACCCACCUCACAACAAUGGCGAUGUGGCGAGCCAAAUCUCUCCUAUUCCUCCGCUCCUCCUCUCGCCCCCCUCUCCCCCCACCAUCUCCCCCCCUCCCCUCCCCCUCCCCCUCCUCCCUCAUCCCAUCCGCCUCUACCGCAGCGGCCGCUCCCGCGACGAUUUCUCCUCCUCCAGGUAUGAGCAGCCGCCGACGCGACCAACUGGGGGAUCGGAUCGUGCCGGAGAAGAAGGCGUUCGUCGUCGAGAGAUUGGGAAGUACCUGCGAACCCUAGACUCCGGGAUCCAUCUCCUUGUCCGCUCGCGAUCGGAUCGCGUACGUCACUCGCUUAAGGAGGAGGCGAUACCCAUCCCGGAUCAAUCCGCCAUUACCAAGGACAAUGUUAGCAUCCUCAUCGACGGGGUGCUCUACGUCAAGAUUGUUGACCCAAUCCUCGCCUCUUACGGUGUGGAGAACCCGAUAUUCGCGGUGAUUCAGCUGGCGCAGACUACGAUGAGGAGCGAGCUGGGGAAGAUUACACUGGACAAGACAUUCGAAGAAAGGGACAUGCUUAAUGAGAAUAUUGUGAGAGCAAUUAAUGAAGCAGCUACAGAUUGGGGUCUGAAGUGUCUGCGUUAUGAAAUAAGGGAUAUAUCUCCUCCACCUGGGGUGAAGGCAGCUAUGGAGAUGCAAGCUGAAGCAGAAAGAAGAAAGCGUGCUCAAAUUCUCGAGUCAGAAGGAGAGAGGCAAGCUCACAUUAACAUUGCUGAUGGCAAGAAGAGUUCUGUGAUUUUGGCAUCAGAAGCUGCAAUGAUGGAUCAGGUGAAUAGGGCUAAAGGUGAAGCUGAAGCUAUUCUUGCUAGAUCACGAGCAACUGCUGAUGGGCUUAGAUUGUUAUCCGAGUCCAUGAAAGCUGAGGGAGGUGCUGAGGCAGCGAGUCUAAGAAUUGCCGAGCAAUACAUAAAAGCAUUUGGUUCCAUCGCUAAGGAGGGAACCACAAUGUUGCUUCCUAGUGCCACCGGAAACCCUUCCUCCAUGAUUGCUCAAGCCCUAACUAUAUACAAGCAACUUGGUUUCCAUAACCCUAAUGCCGCACCAUCCCAAGCAGGCGGUACUCACCCAAGGGAAGGUGCAAAUGAGAGGAAAAACGAUGACACCGAAGAACCGAGUGGGGCCGAAAUUCCUUCUUUCGAACCAAUUACGGCGCCUUCUCCAGGCCCUCAUUCGGCCGGAAGCGUGUUCUCUCUUCAGAGUCCACUGAAAGGUAAUAGCUAGCUUACAGGACAGAAUUUGGUGAUUCUUUUUUUUUUUUUUCCUUUUCCCGUGACAAAUGAUGUAAGCGUGCACUUCGUCCUGCGAAGCGGAUUGAAGAGAUUUUUGGCAUUUUUGGUGUAUUCGAAUGUUUACAUCUUGUUCACAUGUGAUCAGAGUGGACUGAGUUUUAUUUUCGUCGGAAAAAAUAACAAGUUUGUAUACAAGAUGAAACAUCUUUAAAUCUACGUUUUUAAAAUACAGCACUUAUAACAUUUUCAUGGU